UCGUUUUGUGCGGUCUUCGCGGGAUCGACAGUGGAUCAACGUCACGUGUCGUUCUUGGAAUUAGCCAAUGACACAUGCUCGCAACCGUGCAGUCGAGUAAGAGUCGUUCGAGUGGUCGUCGUCGUCAUCAUCAUCAUCAUCGCCGGGACUUUACACGCAGUAUCGGACGGGAACGUGAUGGGAUCUUGAUAUAAAGUGUACGUCUUCCUUCAUCCGAAAUAAGCAGUUUGAUUUUGAGAAGAACUUCGAGAGUGAGACGGUGUAAUUAUCAUCAUGGAUGGGAGAGUGCGCACCGAGAAAGUGAAGAAUCCCAGAGCAAGCGCCAAUAUUUUCAGCGCCUUAACAUUCUCUUGGAUUCUUCGCACUUUCUUGGUGGGUUACCGCAGAGAUCUUGAAGUAACUGAUUUGUACACACCGCUUAAAGAACAUACAAGUAGUAUUCUUGGUGUUAAAAUAGCGAAGGCCUGGGAGAAAGAAUGCGAGGCGUACAAUCGUCGGCUGGAGAAGAAUGCGAGGACUGGAUCCCAAAAAAAGGUUGGCGAGCCCAGUCUGUUGAGGGUCAUCAUAAAGUGCUUUGGCUUCAAAAUCUUACUAUAUGGAAUAGUUCUAGCCAUAAUGGAGAUUUUGCUCAGGCUGUUGCAACCGAUCUUUCUGGGCCAAAUGCUCCGAUAUUACAAUACGCAGGAAGUUGACGAGUUCCACGCUUAUUUGUACGCGUGCGGUAUCAUCCUGUGUUCUGCCAUCAAUGUGUUCGUCAUUCAUCCAUAUAUGUUGGGAAUCUUGCACAUGGGCAUGAAGAUACGCGUGGCUUGCUGCUCACUCAUCUAUCGCAAGACAUUGAGGUUGACUAGGACCGCACUGGGCGAGACAACGAUUGGACAGGCAGUGAAUUUAUUAUCCAACGACGUUAACAGGUUCGAUAUUAGCAUCAUAUUUCUGCAUUACUUGUGGAUUGGACCCUUAGAGACCAUCGUCAUUACGUUCUUCAUGUACUAUUUCCUCGACAUUGGAAUAUCCGCCAUUAUCGGAGUCGCCUCUCUGUUGAUGUUUAUUCCUUUGCAAGGAUGGCUGGGCAAAAAAUCAUCGGAACUAAGAUUAAGAACGGCAAUAAGAACUGACGAGAGAGUGCGAUUGACAAAUGAGAUUAUCAGCGGCAUUCAAGCUAUUAAGAUGUACACGUGGGAAAAACCAUUCAGCGCGCUUGUAGAAAAAGCGAGAAAGAAGGAAGUCAACGUCAUCCGAGGAACAUCGUAUAUCAGAGGUGUCACCAUGUCAUUCAUUAUUUUCACUACGAGAAUGUCGCUCUUUAUCACAAUACUGGCGUAUGUGUUAUUCGGGUUCAAGAUAACGGCCGAGAAGGUUUUCAUGAUAACAGCUUAUUAUAAUAUUUUGCGUACGACAAUGACUAUUUUUUUCCCGCAAGGAAUAACACAAGUGGCGGAGGCGAUGGUAUCUAUAAAACGUUUACAGAAAUUCAUGAUGUAUGAUGAAGUAGCAUCUCCUGAAACCAAGUUAAUGAAGGAGAACACGAAGGAGAAUACAAAGGAGAAAUAUAAAGAAAAUGCGAAUGAGAGAGAGAACUAUAAUCAGAAUUUGAAUGAAAAUUACAAAGAAACCGCGAAUGAAAACUAUAAGGAGAACGUGAAUGAAAAUUACAAAGAAAAUGUGAAAAAUGACUUGACCAAUCAGAAAAACAGCGAUCGAAUGAACGCAGAUCAACCGGAUCAACCGGAUUAUAUCGAGCACUGUAUUUCCAUUGAAAAUGGUAGCGCCAAGUGGCUGGACUAUGAGUCGGAGGAUACCUUGCAGAAUAUCAAUAUUAAAGUACGCCCGGGUGAAUUGAUCGCUAUCGUUGGCCAAGUUGGUUCAGGCAAGAGCAGUCUAAUGAACGUCAUCCUAAAAGAGCUGCGUUUGCAUCAAGGUUCCAUUCAAGUUAAUGGCAAGAUUGCCUACGCCAGUCAAGAACCGUGGCUGUUUGCCGGAUCAGUCAGACAAAAUAUUUUGUUCGGACGAAAGAUGGAUCAAAUCCGAUAUGAUCGCGUGGCCAGAGUGUGUCAAUUAAAAAGGGAUUUUAGCAUGCUGCCUUAUGGCGAUAAGACGAUAGUAGGCGAGAGGGGUAUAAGUCUUUCCGGUGGACAACGUGCAAGAAUAAACUUGGCGAGAGCUGUUUACGCGGAAGCCGAUAUAUAUCUUAUGGAUGAUCCUUUGAGCGCUGUGGACGCUCAUGUGGGCAAGCACAUGUUUGAAGAGUGCAUCGACAAAUAUCUACACGGAAAGACUCGGAUUCUUGUAACUCAUCAAUUGCAAUAUUUACAUAACGUCGGCAGAAUUAUCGUUUUGAAAGACGGAGUCAUCCAAGCAGAAGGCACUUAUGAUGAGUUGGGUUCCAUGGGAGUGGAUUUCGGUCGGUUAUUGGAAAAUCAAACGCAAAUGGAUGAAAAAACCUCUCGACCCCCUUCAGCUCCCGUUAGCCGAAGCAAUUCGCGUGCCGGCAGUAUUACAUCUCUGAGUUCUUUUAUGACAAUUGAUGCUACAAAACAGGAACCUGAGGAGGUGACUGAGAUGCGAUCAACUGGUAGUGUUGCCGGCAAAGUAUACGCAAAUUACUUACGCGCCGGUGGUAAUUGGUGCAUAAUAUUCAUUAUCACUAUGCUUUACAUAUUAUCGCAGAUUUCAGCCAGCGGUGGUGAUUUCUUUAUCGCGCGGUGGGUCGACAUCGAAGAAAAUUAUGUGAAUCAAACUGAAGAUGGCAUCGUGGAAGAUCCGAAGAGUCCUCUUACUCGCAUAGAAUGUAUCUAUAUCUUCAGCGGAUUAACCGUGCUAACGAUUGGCGUGACUCUGAUCCGUUCAUUCGCCUUCUUCGGGACGUGUAUGCGCGCUUCCAUACGAUUACAUGAUCGUAUGUUUCGCAGCAUUAGCCGUGCUACAAUGCGCUUUUUCAAUACUAAUACGUCAGGACGCGUGCUCAACCGCUUCUCUAAAGAUAUGGGUUCGGUGGAUGAGAUGUUGCCUACUGCGCUAAUUGACUGUCUGCAAAUCGGUCUAUCGCUGCUCGGUAUCAUCAUCGUGGUCGCUAUCGCAAAUGUAUGGUUGCUAAUUCCUACUGUAAUUGUCGGCAUCAUUUUUUACUACUUGAGAGUCUUCUACUUGGCUACUAGUCGUAGCGUCAAGCGUCUUGAAGGCAUCACUCGCUCGCCCGUCUUCAGUCACUUGAGCGCGACUCUUCAAGGGCUACCAACGAUCCGCGCGUUUGAAGCUACUCAGGUUCUCACGGACGAAUUUGAUCGUCACCAAGAUCUUCAUUCAUCCGCAUGGUACAUCUUUAUUGCAUCCUCACGCGCCUUCGGUUUUUGGUUAGACGUUUUCUGUGUGAUUUAUAUCACACUGGUGACAUUAAGCUUCCUUGUACUGGACAAUUAUACUCGUGGUUCGAUGGAUGGUGGAUAUGUAGGCCUGGCAAUCACUCAGAGUAUCGCCCUCACUGGCAUGUUUCAAUGGGGCAUGCGCCAAAGCGCCGAGCUGGAAAAUCAGAUGACCUCAGUAGAACGCAUCCUCGAGUAUAGCAAAGUGGAUAGCGAGCCUCCUCUUGAGAGCACCCCUGAUAAAAAGCCCAAGUUUGAGUGGCCAGAAGAAGGCAAAAUUGAAUUCAAGAAUGUUUACUUACGUUAUGCGCCGUUGGAACCGCCAGUAUUGAAGAAUCUUAGCUUCGUCAUUCAUUCGCGCGAGAAAAUUGGUAUUGUUGGCAGGACUGGUGCCGGCAAAUCGUCUCUGAUUCAAGCUCUUUUCCGUCUCGCCGACAUAGAAGGCCCGAUCGAGAUUGAUGGCAUUGAUACGAGUGAGAUUGGUUUGCACGAUUUGCGUUCCAAAAUCAGCAUUAUUCCGCAAGAACCGUUCCUGUUUUCCGGUAGUUUGAGACGGAAUCUCGAUCCGUUCGAUUCGUACAGGGAUGAGUUGCUAUGGCAGGCACUCGAGGAGGUCGAGUUGAAGGAGAUGGGUCUGGAGGCGCACGUCAAUGAGGGCGGUUCCAAUCUCAGCGUUGGUCAACGGCAGCUGGUUUGCCUGGCACGCGCCAUCAUCAGAAACAACCCGAUACUUGUGCUGGAUGAGGCGACCGCUAAUGUGGAUCCACGAACAGACGAACUCAUCCAAAUAACAAUCAGAAAGAAGUUCGAGAAGUGCACAGUAUUGACAAUAGCCCAUCGGUUGAACACCGUCAUGGAUAGCGAUCGUAUUUUAGUUAUGGACGCCGGCACAGCUGUGGAAUUCGAUCAUCCCCACAUGCUGCUACAGAAGGAAUCAAGUUAUCUGAAGAGUAUGGUGCAGGAAACUGGCAAAGCAAUGGCGGAGGCUCUGGCCAAUGUCGCCCGGGACAGUUACCUGAAUCGCACGACCACGAAGCUGUAAAACAUCCUCAAACAUCCUAAUUUUUCGAUAGAUAGUUUCUAAAAAAGAUUCCGUCUGUUCUUGUGAUAAUCAUCUCUGAACAAUUUUAGAGAUUUGAAUAAUCACGUUAAAGAAAAAGACAAAAUAGUUAAGAACUUAGCAAGAAUUCUGAAUUCUUGGAAUUUAGAAAUGUAUCUUCAGAAAUCAUAGUACAUUGAAAAUUAACAUAAAUAUCGUAAAAGGAUCUUGAUCUGCGUAUAUAUAGAAUGUAUAAUAUGAAAGAUUCUUAAGAAAAAAAAUUUAAAGAAAAAAAAGAUUGAAAAUGAGGAAAAAGAGGCGAAAGAUAAAUAUACCAAAUGAUUUAGAUCGAUAUUUAAAAGUGAAAAACUUCUGUAUGUCAGGAUUUAAAAAUUUAGACGUCAGAUAUGGAUGAAGUAUAGGAUAUGAGAGAAAUAAGAGAAAGAAAGAGUAAAAAAGAGUUAAUAAAUAUAAAGAAAGAUAAAAGAUUAUAUAACAUAAUCUAGAAUUAUGGAUUCGAGGGAGAAAAAGAGCACUAGAAAAAUAUUUAAAGAGGGAUUUAGAUAUAUAAAGAUCCUAGCGCGGGAAUGUGCGAAAAAGAACAUAGAGAACCGGCGAAACUUUUAGCAGAGGAUUAAUAAAUCAACAAUCAUUUUUUACUGCGAGGUGCAUAGUCUCGUCCAGCUGGUCUUCUUUCGGUAAUUCUUUCUGCCUUUUUCUAUCCAAUGCCAGCGAUGCAGCGAGCAAUCAGAAAAAGCUCGCGUCGAACAACUGCAGUUACAGUAUUAUUACGUCAUUUUUAUAUCAGUCUAACCCAGGCUCAGGAAGGAUGAAGCUUUCAACAACGUUGGAGCAUUGAUCUCUUAUCGAUUAUUAAUGAAUAAACGCUUUUUAGAAAAAAGUAUAUUAUUAUUUAUUUAUAUUUUUUAAAUAAUAAAAGAUUCAGUCAAGCAAAAUAUAUACGAAUAAAAUAUUAGAAUGCAAUUAAAAAAGAUAAUAACUCAAAAUAUGCAUGUAAAGAGCUAGGAAUAUAAAUCCGAAAGAUUUGAGAAAUAAUUUUUUUGAGAUUGACUGCUUCAUGUUUAGACUUACAAAUGAAAAAUAAUUUCGAUAAUUCAAAUUAAGGACUCGAUUGAUCUUUAACAUUUAUUCUCAAGGAUACAAUUACCCUGACUAUUUUUAAGCAAUUAAUUAAUUCCUUUUUUCGUAGUUUAUCUUAAAAAUUUUAUUCUCAAGAACUAGAAUGGUUACUAUAAAAUCGAUCGGUGGACCAACGAAUUAAGACAAAACGAUACUUAAUGUUAAGAAAAAAAAUUCUAUUAAUUUUUAUACUCGUAUAUUUCUAUAUACAUGGUGUCUGGCAAGGAAGAAAAACGGGUGACGAUACCAAAUUCGUGAUUUAUCUCUCAAGCGCGCGAGUCUUCGUUUCUUCUAAACUAUCCCAUGUAUAUCCGCGAUUAUACAAGAAUUGCAUAAUGUUUCUACUGUUACACUGGUGCUACAAGAAUAAGAAAGAUCAACAAAAGGAGAACCUGCCACUGCACUGUUUAAAAACGAAAUACUUAAACAUGAGCAGUAAUUUAAAGCAUGCUACGUCGUUUUUUAGUACUCUAUUGUUAUUUUAUAUAUUAUUAUAUUGUUAUAUUAGUAUUAAAAUAAUGAAGCGUAUUGUACUCGAUCUUUAUGUAAAUAAUGCAACGUUAAAAAGCAACGAAAAUCAAAGUACUUAAUGUCUUUUUCAACGAUCGUGUUUUAUACUGAUCAAUUUUUCGUCGUGAUUAGAAAAAGCGAAAUAGUAACACAUGGCGAGUAUCCCCGUUUAUCUCGAUUACGAAAAUAAUUUUUGAACCCCUAUUUUUUAAUCCUUCUCCUAUUAUCGAUAUUUUUAAGAUCUAAUAAUUUCAAGUAGUCAUUUUAAACAUAGUUUGUUUUUUUUAAAUAUAUAUAGUAUAGUUGUAUUGUAUAAUAUUGGAUUAUGUAUAGUAUUUAUUAUAUAAAUAUUAUAUUGAAAUAAUUAUAGAAAUGUUUUAAUUAACAUAGUUAUAUGAAGCCACAUUUACUUAGAAAUAUUGAUAGCAGGUCAAAGGAUUAAAAAGGGAUUAUGUUUAGUUUUUCACGAGGAUACAUUCUGUG